GUAGUAUGGAACCUUUUCACUCAUGCAUUAGCUGACAGAAGUGCAUCCCUGUUCCCGAGGAGAAGAACAACAAAGUCCCACCAUGGCUGUUUUGUGGAAUACAUUGUGACAACUACCGACAAGAUGAUGAACGACAUCAUAGAGGAACCGGAGAAGGACACUCUGCUGGAGCCGCAAGUCUUCCCGGGACCCAGUAAUGGCACCAGACCUAAAACAUCUGACGGGGGCAUCCGGCCGGUGGAGAAAAGAGGACCUUACAUCAUGUCCAGAGCUCCAGCAAUACACCUCAAACUACAGAAACACAGGGAGAUGGCGAGGAAAGCCCUGAAGAAGAAAGCUCUUUCUCCAGGACCCCCUGUGGUGCAUCAGCCCCGACAAGGAGCCAAGAGGACGGUGAAGUAUAACAAGGGCUACGCUGCUCUGAGUCAACAUGCUGAGGACAGUUUAGUGGCUCUGGACUCAGACAGUGACGAGGAGAUAGAUUUUGAGCAGUACUCUUCGGGAUACUCUUCAGCCGAGGUGCACCCUGAUCUGAGCCGGCAGCUGCUCCAGGACGGAUAUCGCCUCGAUGAGAUCCCCGAUGACGAGGACCUGGACCUGAUCCCCCCCAAAAAGAUUGGUUCUUCUGUGUGUUGCUGCUCCUCCGAGAGUCCGUCCUGCUGCAUUCAAUGAGGUGGGAUUCGGGACUCAAACCCAUGGAUGUUGUUAGGAAAAUACUGAUCUUCCAGUCAGAUGUUUAAUAAGAAGUGGAUCCAGCGUCGGAGGCCUCGUUCUUUCCUUUGAGAGAUGCUCAUUGCCGCAAAAAGACAAAAUCUCAAGCCUGAGAUUCUCGAGAGCAAAACGUCACAAAUUACCCAAGAUUCAAGGAUUCAAGGCUUUUAUUUUUCAUUUGUACAGAGCUACAGUGUAGUUAUGUCAAUGAAAAUCUUAGGUCACAGGCUCCUCCAACAGUGCAACACGAUACAACAGAUCAAAUGGUGCAAGUAAAUACAAAUAAAAUAGAAUAGAAAUAGUGCCCGUAUUUGCGCUUAUAGAUUAUGCAGAGUUGAGUUUUCCCUUAAGCCCCGCCCCCGAGAGAGAAAAUAAAUCUGGAUUCAGCUUUUAGUGCACUUUUACAGCUCUUAGGACCUAAUGAUUCUAAUAAGGGCUGUAAAAUAGUUCAUACAGUUUAAAAGAAAUUCUCCCCUACUUUACAGACGUCUCUUUCCCCAUGUUAGUCAGUGGGAAAAAGUAUUUCUGGGCCCAGUGACGUCACGGACUGAUACGGAAGUUGUAGUACCGCCGUUUGGCCACUACGAAUGUUUUAUUUUUUCCGAAUAACUUGCUGCCUCAUGACUUCAGCUCUGAAGCCGGACUCCUCCAACGUUGGGACGAAAGAACAAGCCUUACUCACUGUGAUCAUCCCUUUUUUUAACCUUUUCUUUUUAUAGAACUUUAUUGAAAUGCUUACUAUGCCACUGCACUAAAGUGUGGCAUGUUAUUCCAUUAUGUGGGAUAUGUUCUAGUUUACUCAGAGGACGAGAUGUCUUUUUUUCGCCCCGAUGAACAGGUCUGUAAAGGAGAAGCUCACCUCGAAAAAUGGUUAUUUGUAUAUCAAGAACUCACCAUGUGUUACCUUGAAUUCUUAAAGGGGACCCUAUUCUG